AUGACUUUUCUUGACUGGCAGCUUGCGGUCUGCGACGCCAUCGCCACGUUGAGCAUCAACGUUCAAACCUGGCCCCUCUGCGGGCUGACGCUGGGAAACGCCUCGGACCUGGACCUCUCCACGCCCUGGGAUGGCUGCGUGCAAGGGACAGUGGUCGGCUCUUUGGUGAGGAGGACGGAGAUGUGCACCGAAGUGGCCGUCCGAGCUGCACCCAACCCCUUCCGCUGGGAAGUCCUGGAGGACGAGCCGAAGGUUCAGCGAACUUGUAUCGGGAGACAUUUUCGCUCAACUGAGUACGAGAUUCUGCACACUGGCGGCUUCGUCCGGCUAUGCACUGAGCGUGGCCGGGUGUACUGGCUGGCUCAGAAUGAGCACGACCAUCGGUUACCGGACUGGAAGCUGCAUUUCUCUGUCGACAUCGCGGACGUGCCCAGGGCGUGGGAUGUGCUGUCCGAGAUCUUUCUGAACCAGGCCUGCGACUUCGGGAUGAAGGCCGUUGCUGGCGAGGCUCUCGAUUCCUGGCCCGACACGCAGAGGGGGAGGGAGCUCACGGUCUAUAUCUUCCAGGACCAUCCGGCAUACAAAGGGGGUGGUCCGAUGAUGGGAUAUUGCCCAGGCUUCGAACACAACUUCUGGCUGGGACCCGAGUUCGAGCGCGCCGGUGAGUUUUGGCUGGACUUCGUGGCACGUGCGGAAGAUGCCCUGGCUGCAGCGGGCAUCCGGAGCAGGGGGGCCGCUGACGGUGACCUCUCUCUUGGUCACUAUGCCUCCCUUCGGAACGAGGCCUUCAUCUUCGAGCCCGUCGAGGGGCUUUACAUCUACCCGCCCAACGAAAGUGGCUGGAAUGCUGCCGGACACGUUUGCCCACUCCACCUUCCCCUGGCCACCCGCUUGAGCGCGGAGUGCAGCGCAGGCCUCGAGAAACUGCGCAAGCUGCGGGGAUCACGUGGCUGCUGCAAUCGACGCCGGCGGUAG